UUGCUGUCAAAGCGCUGUCUGCUGAUGGGUUGACGCCUAUAAUUGGCAUUUACAUUUUUUUUAUACAUACAAAGGUGGCGGUUUGAUGGCGUCAUGCGUAUAAUUGUCAUGUCACAUUCGCUCUAUGAUCUAAGCGCCAGUUACAAAUUAGUCCCGCGCUCUCCCCCUUUUGAUAUUAAAAACGAAACGUGCAGUGUUCCGCGGCGGUCAGCGGUGGAGCAGUCCAAGCAGCAGCAAGACAAGGGGUGCUGGCGCGUCACAACCAAAACAAGGAAAUGAAUUAGAGCCUCGUGUCACAUGGGAUGUGCAAGGUGCAUUGUUGUCAAUGGAGAAGGUAAGGAACAGGGCCAUCUGGCCUUACCCUCGGCAGGACACACAGGGAGCCGUGAAGCUGAGGAAGAGAAAGUCCAGGCUGUACAGCAAGGAAGCAGCUAGCGCUUGUCCCGGAGCAGGUCUCUUAGGAGAAAGUACUUACCUGGUCUUGGCAGCAGUUGGUUUCCGGCUAUUUAACUGCGUGAUGGUCCAGACAAGCUUUGUUCCAGAUGAAUACUGGCAAUCUCUUGAAGUCGCACACAACAUGACCUUUAAUUAUGGGUAUCUAACUUGGGAGUGGACUGAAGGUUUAAGAGGGUUUUUCUACCCUCUGAUGUUUGCAGUUAUAUAUAAAGCUUUAUAUCUGCUUGGCAAGGAUCAUGUCUGGUUUCUGAUCUGGAUUCCUAGACUGGCCCAGGCGGUGCUUUCAGGCAUUGCAGAUGUAAGGCUGUAUAGUCUUGUAAGGCACUUGGAGAAUACAGAAUUGGCAAAGUGGGUGUACUUCUGCCAGCUUUGCUCUUGGUUUACAUGGUACUGCUCUACAAGAACUCUAACCAACACAAUGGAAGCCGUUCUCAGCACUUUUGCUCUAUAUUAUUAUCCUCUGGAAGGUUCAAGUACAAAGAGUAGCACCAAAUAUCUAAUCUGUGUAGCCCUGGCAUUCCUUAUUCGGCCAACUGCACUUAUUCUUUGGAUUCCUCUACUUUUUUACCACUUUGCAAAAGAAAAGAAGAAAGCAGACCUGGUUGUACAUCAGUAUUUGCCUAUUGGGAUUUUAACUCUUGCUACAUCAUUAAUAGUUGACAGAAUAUUUUUUGGAAAGUGGACCUUUGUUCAGUGGAACUUUCUGAAGUUUAAUGUGCUCCAGGAUUUGGGAUCUUUUUAUGGGUCUCAUCCGUGGCACUGGUAUAUCACCCAAGGAGUUCCUGUCAUCCUGUGCACCCACUUACCCUUCUUUAUUCAUGGCUGUAUGGUGACCCCCAAAAAAUACCAGAUUCUUUUGGUAGCUGUAGCUUGGACAGUUUUAAUAUAUAGUGCACUAAGCCAUAAAGAGUUUCGAUUCCUAUACCCUGUACUGCCAGUCUGCAUGGUGUUCUGUGGCUUUUCAUUCUCAAACUUGAAGAGAUGGAAGAAAUCAGCUGUGGGAUUCUUGGUCUUAUCCAACUUGUUUCCUGCCUUGUACACUGGAUUAAUCCAUCAGCGGGGGGCACUCGAUAUUAUGUCUGCAAUUCAGAAGCUCUGCAAAAUGGAGAACUCCUCAGCGUCAUCUCUUUUUAUUCUGAUGCCGUGCCACUCCAUUCCUUUUUACAGCCAUGUUCACUGCCCUAUAAAGAUGAAUUUUCUUGAAUGUCCUCCAGACCUAUCAGAGAGUGAUGUUUAUAUUGAUGAGGCAGAAGUUUUUUAUGCAAGUCCAUUAGCUUGGCUCAACGCAGAGUUUUAUAACAAGACACUUUUACCAACGCACCUAAUCAUGUUUAGUGUUCUGCAACCGGAAAUUCUUUCAUUCCUAACAAAUAACAACUAUGUGAAGACAAGGUCUGUAUUUCAUACUCACGUACCAGUGGGUCGGACAGGAAGCCAUAUUUAUAUGUACGAGAGGAGCGAUCAAUAAAAAUCCUCCUGUCCCAGCGCUCAACAUUCCUUAUACAUUCGCUGCAGCUUUUAUUUGUUUUAUGAAGCCUGUAGCAAUCAUGUAUAUAUGCAUGAAGAACCAACCAUUGUACUAUGUUUAUUUUAUAUUUCUAACUUUUAUUAAAUAAAGAUGUUGAGAGUU